AUUCAUUCAAUGUUAUAUUGCGCAUUCUCAACUCUCGUUUUGAAGUUCUUUCAUCAUAAAAAUAAAUUUUGGAUUAUCGAAAAAUCAAUAUAUGGGUGACGAAAAUACAAUAUUUUCACUUGUUGCAAAAACAGUCGAAACGGAAAAAAAUUCGACUUACAGGCUGGCGCAAAGUAACAAGUUUUCGUACUUUGAAACAGAAGAUCAAGAAAAUCAGUGGUCGAAUAAAAUGAAUCCUGUGCCAAAUCAUGAUUUUAUGGAAUUGCCAACCGUCCACCAUCAGCAUCAACCGCAUUGUAAACAACGAUGCUUUGUGUUCACUGAAAUAGCUGAUAUUGAAUUACCGCCAGAAAUUACAUUGACAAAUAAGUAUUCGACUGAAAAGUUGAAGAGCGCUUCAAUUCAAUCUUAUAAAAUGGAAAACUCAAUCACGCCAAUUCCAGAAAAUAGUUCCAAAGGACCAAAAGUUGUAGCAAUACUGAGCGCAAUAUUAGUUUGCAUAUGUCUAGCUGGUGGUAUUCCAUUAGCACUUCAAUUACGUGCUUCAUCUUUAUUGGAAGCCAGACUUUCUUUUAUAAGACGUCUGCUGUCUGAAACGCCACUAGUUGAAGGCUAUUGGUAUCCAAAAAAAGAUGUUAAUUUGACAGUAAGCAUAAAUGAAGUCAAAAGUAAUUUGGUUGGAGCUGUUCUAUGGCCUAUUACUGUUCCAUGUGAAGCUCAAUAUUUGGAUGCGGUUCAGUUAGCUUUAGAAGGUAUUGAUGAAGCUAGGCGAAUGCUUUCUAAAAGUCAAACAGCUAUGAAAAUAGUUGAAACUGCUGAUGAAAUGCAAGCAGCACACUCUGAUGGUCAAGUUGCAGUUCUUUUAGGUUUGGCUGGUGGCCAUACUCUAGGUGCAAGUUUGGCCGUACUAAGGAGUAUGUAUAUGUUAAGCGCCAGAUUUGUAUCAAUAACGAGUUUAGGUUGUACUACGCCUUGGGCUGGAGCAUCAAUUCGAAACGAUAGAAUUAUUGAAGAAAAUUCAACUAACACCCUAACUGAAUUUGGGAAGAGUAUACUCUUUGAAAUGAAUCGUCUGGGAAUGCUUGUUGAAAUAUCUCAGUUAUCGGAGCAAGCUAUGGAAAUUGCAAUAAAAACAGCUAAAGCACCCGUUCUUCUAUCAAAUGCGGCACCAUUGUCACUAUGUAAUAGUUCUAAUUUAGCAUCAAUUCCUGAUCAUAUUUUGGGAUUACUCUCAGACAAUGGUGGUGUUAUAAUGUUAAAUAUGGAAAAAUGUGGAGAACGGCAGUUAACAGUACGUGAGGCAAUUUAUGCAAUUAAUUAUGUGCGAAAAAUUGCUGGAGUUGAUCACAUUGGUUUAAGUGGAGCACCAAAUAGUUAUACUUAUCUUUUAGCUGAAUUAGCACGUGAUCGUGUAUGGGGUAAUGCAGCAAUUAAAAAAUUAGUCGGUGGUAAUAUUGUUAGAAUAUUACGUGAAAUUGAAACAUUAAAAAAUCGUUUACCGCUAUAUGAAAAUUGGAUACCACAUGAGUUGAUUGAAAGCAAAUCGUAUUGCAGAUAUCCAGAAUCAUAGAUUUUUUAUGAUUAAAAUUUUUAUUAGAAUUAUAAUAUAAAGAAAAUCAGGAUAAAACAGAAAUUAUAUAAUAUAUUACACAUAUGCGUGUACAUAUUUAAAAAAGAUAUUUGGUAGUAAUAAAAAAUAUUCAAAGUAACAAGCACAAAUUUUUUGGAAAUGUGCUAAAAAGCAAAAAAUACAAAAUUUAAAGAGCGGAUACAAGAAAAUAAUCUUACUCACUAUAAUCAUAAUAAUAACAAUAACAAUUGUACUUAAUAAUAAUAAUUAAAAUAGUAAUAGUAAUACUAAUAACAAUAAUAGCAAUAGUAAUAAUAAUUGUAAUAUUGUUUUAAAAACAAAAAAAAGAAAUAAAGGAAAUGUGAAAGUUAAUUAAGUACAUAAAUAGAUGCGAACAUCAUUUCAACAUUUAUUUACUUAAGUUCACUCAUAUCAUUAAAAUUUUGUACAUAAGGAUUGUGUUUAACACAAAUGAAGCAAUACAUAAAAAUAUUCAUUCUUAAUAUUCAUAUUAUGUAUAAAUUAAAAUAUAAACAAAAAAUUUAUAUAAAUAAUAAAAAGGUUUAAAGUAAUCAAUAAAAAAUUAUUGUUCGUCUAUAUCUUUAAUAAUAAAAACUUGGCAAAAAGUUUAAAUAUUAUAUUCAAAUUGAAAACAUAAAUUCCAUACAUUUAUAUAAUUUUAAGUUAAAUAAAAAAGAAUAGUAUUUUGGAAAUUUUAGAAUGUAACAAUGUAUGUAUAGUACAUGCUAAUAGUCAAUUUGAAUGGGAGUAAAUAAAAUAAAUUGUAAAUUAAGAAUGUAAACAAUCGUAACAUAAUCGAAUUUGAAAAAUUUAAGAUAUCAUAAAACUUGCAACUCUAUUUGUUUAUCUGUAAACUCAAAAUUGUAAAAUAAGAGCUAAAAUAACUGAACUAAAAUUAGAAAAAAAUUCAUUUAAAUUGAUUGAGUUUCCCUAGUUAUUAGAAUAUUAAUAAGAAUAAUAUUCUAUCAUUACAGUUCAAAAAUGCAUCAAUUUAUUCAUUUAAUGUUAUUUAUUAUCGCCGUAACUAAUUUUUAAUUGAAUUAAAUUUAAUUAUUCAGUGUAGUGUUGUCCUUGCUAUUUAGCACUCUCAACAUGUAAUCUGAAUUUCAUAAACUAAUGGUGUAUUUAGACACAAUAUUAGCCAUUUUGGAAUAGAAUGUACCUAUAUGCUAUAUAUAUGAAAAUAAUACAUACAUACAUAAUUUAAAAUAAUAAAUUUGAAUAUUUUAUGUACAUGUAGAUAAAUAAAUUAUUUUAGUUUUAUAAAGUAAUUUUUGUUAUAUUUAUGAUAUUUUUCAAUUAAAAUAAUUUUGAAAAGUAUUUUAUUCUAUAUUUCUACUCGUAUAGUGCAAUUACUGAAAAAAUAUUAUUUUUAUAAAAGCAAAAUUGAAG